AGAUUAGUUUCUCUGUCUACAGUAGGUACCUAUCUAUAAUAAAAAUAUAUUAACUGACUUAAGUUGUAACAAUUUUGACAUUUGAGACAAACUCGAAGGCCCAUUCACUAUUUGCUUAUUUUGUAGGCGGUGCGAAAAUCAUUGCUUAAUGCGUUUAUCACUUCUGUUUCUACGUCUUAAUUACUAUUUUUUUCCAUACACAACAUAGUUGAUUAACUAAUAUAAAACUACUGUACUGUUAUAGCAAGGCUUUUCGUAACUGAUUAAUACAUAUUUUUUUUAUAUUAAUGAGACCCUUUUUUAGUACUUUGUUUACAUUUUUGGAAAAUUAGUGUUAUCUGUUUGUUUUUGAAAUUCUCAAAAUCCCUAUUGAUAUUAUGUUAUGACAAGGUCACAAACUUGUUAGACGUCAAGUUUGUUUAUGAGAAAAAGGAAACUGGAAAAGUCAUCAAAGUGCUGAAUAGUGUUUGUUGUUUAUAUUUAUGUAAUGACGACCAUGUAGAUUAAUCUUAAAUAGGAAAUAAGACUAAAUUCUUGUAACUGUGACUUAAAUUAUACAUAUUUUUAAACAAUGUCGGAUCCUCCAAGUGCGCAGACGCGCCGUUCAGCUGGGGAGUUGAAGAAAACUCCACCGUCUUCUGUUGUGACGAGAAAUGGUGCGAGGAAAGCAAAAAUUCAGACACGUGCUAUGUCUGCAGGUGUUAAACCUUCAGCUUCACUGCUAGCUGCCAAGAAAAAAGCUCAACAAAAGAAGAAGCAAGCUGUUGACACAAUUUUGCGGGAUCCUUAUCAAAUUGCAAUGGAGUCAAAAUUAAAAAUGAAAGGCCCAACUGGUUUUGUUAGCGAGCCACGCAUGGCAGAGCAUAGAUGUCUGUGGGAUGAUAAAUAUCCGGAAUGCCCUGAGCGACUGAUAAGUGUCAUCAACAGGUGCAAAGAGUUAAAUCUAAUAGAACAAUGUAAAGUAUUAACGCCAAGGGCAGCUACAAGAGAAGAAAUAGAAACAUUACACUCUCCGGCAAUUAUUGACAUGCUAGAAAGCACACAUCAAAAUAAUGAUGUCGAGUACUUGGAAGAUCUGUCCUCGAAAUAUGAUGCCAUAUAUAUUCAUCCUAGCACACACGAGCUGGCCCUGAUAGCGGCGGGCUCUACACUGGAGCUGGUGUCGCGUGUGGUAUCGGGUGAGCUGCAGAACGGAGCCGCCUUCGUGCGUCCGCCCGGACACCACGCCAUGCGCGCCGAGCCCUGCGGGUACUGCUUCUACAAUAACGUGGCGCUGGCCGCCCGGCACGCGCUGCAGCUGGGAGUGGAGCGGAUACUGAUCAUAGAUUGGGAUGUGCAUCACGGUCAGGCAACACAGCAAAUGUUUUAUGACGAUCCAAGGGUGGUAUACUUCUCGAUCCAUCGCUACGAGCACGGCUCGUUCUGGCCCAACUUGCGGCAGGCCGACUUCCACUACACGGGCAGCGGCGCGGGGGAGGGGUACAACUUCAACGUGCCGCUCAACUGCACCGGGAUGAAGGACGCGGACUACUUGGCGAUAUGGCACCAGCUCCUUCUGCCCAUGGCGCUCGAGUUCUCCCCGCAGCUCGUCCUCAUCUCCGCGGGGUACGAUUCUGCACUAGGCGAUGAAAAAGGCGAGAUGGAGGUGUCGCCGGCGUGCUACGCGUGGCUGACGCAGCAGGUGUGCGCGGUGUGCGCGCGCGUGUGCGUGGUGCUGGAGGGCGGCUACUGCCCCGCGGCGCUGGCCGAGGGCGCGGCGCUCACGCUGCGCGCGCUGCUCGCGCUGCCCGCGCCCGUCGCCCCCGCGCCCGCCGCCCCCGCGCCGCCCGCCGAGCCCUGCGACCAGAUAAGGGAAUCGAUCCUGAACUGUAUCUACGCCCACAAGAAGCACUGGCGGUGCUUCAACUACCAGCCCACAUACAGCACGGGCCCCACGCCAAACGUGUGCGACGGGCAGAAGGUGAAGCACACGGUGCGAGUGCGGUGGGAGGGCGACGAGACGAGGCCCGAGCGCUUCGCCACGAGGGACUGCUACCCUCUGCAGGACGACCGCACCAAGCGGGAGAUACGGGAACGACUGAACCAUUUGCGAUUAGUUACGGAGCUACCUCUACCGGAACCCGUGUGUUACGUCUAUGACCAGGCCAUGUUGAAACACAAGAAUAUUUGUGAACCAGGUCACGUCGAGUGCCCGGAGCGAAUAAUGCGUAUUCAUGAGAGGCUUCGCGACUUUGGCCUCUUAGAGAGGUUGCAACGAAUAGAGGCCAGGCGCGCCACUGACGAGGAGAUCCUCGCUGUUCACACGCGUAAACAUCUAGACAGGUUAAAAGAAUUAUCAAGUACUAAGUUAAGAGAUCUAAACAGUCAGAAGGACGCCUACGAUUCCGUAUACUUCCAUCCGGACACGUUCGAGAGUGCAAGCAUAGCUUCCGGUUGCGUCUUACAGGUGGUGGAGCGCGUGGCGGGCGGGCGCGGCGGGCGCGGCGCGUGCGCGGUGCGGCCGCCCGGCCACCACGCCGCCGCGGACGCGCCCAGCGGGUUCUGCGUGCUCAACAACGCGGCCGUGGGCGCCGUGCACGCCGUGCGCGCGCUGGGCCUGCGCCGCGUGCUGCUCGUGGACUGGGACGUGCACCACGGGAACGGCACGCAGAGCCUGCUCUACGACCGGCCCGAGAUCUUGUAUAUAUCGAUCCACCGGUACGACAACGGCACUUUCUUCCCGAAUUCCAAAGAGGCGGACUACACGGCUGUGGGGGAGGGCCGCGGGGAGGGGUUCAACGUUAACAUUCCUUGGAAUAAGCGCGGAAUGGGUGAUGUAGAAUACUUGGCGGCUUUCACUCAAGUUGUUUUGCCAAUCGCAUACGAGUACAAUCCGGAGCUAGUGAUUAUCUCGGCUGGCUUCGAUGCCUGCGUGGGCGACCCACUUGGAGGUUGUAAGGUAACGCCGGAGUGCUUCGGGCGAAUGACCCAAUUCCUGAGCGGGCUGGCGGGCGGGCGGGUCGUACUAUGCCUGGAGGGCGGCUACAACAUCACCAGUACAGCGUAUGCCAUGGCCAUGUGUGUGAAGGCUCUCCUCGACGACCCCAUUCUACACCAUUACGACCCCAAACAUGUCUGCCAUUGGUCUGCCGUAGAAUCUAUAAACAAUGUUAUCAGAGUACAAAAGAAAUAUUGGAAGAGCCUCAAGUUCCAACUCGCCCUACCGAUAGAAGACGUGAUCGAAAAGCCAUUGCCAUCUAGAGGAUUAAUUGUAAAGGAAGAUGCGUCCUCGCCUGAUGUUAAUUAUUCAAAGAAUCAAGUAGAUCACAGUGUGUCGUCCGUUGAAAAUAUUAUGUCAAAUUUGAGCAUAGAUAAUAAAUGCUCUGAUGGGAUUCACUGUGGUACCGAUGAUGAAGAAGAUGAGUCUAAGUCUAGCGAAUCAAAAGCAAAUGGAAAUAAAACCGGGGAGAGUACUAGCAAUGAAAACAAGAAGCCAGCGACAUUAGUCGACUUCUUAGCUGAGAAUAUGCAAGCGAUUGUUGAUGAAGAAAUGUUUGCAGUGGUUCCUUUACAGUGGUGUCCACAUUUAGAAUCACUGUACGCGAUACCCGCUGAUGUGAAGUUUGAACAGGGAGUGAAAUGUGUUAGUUGUGAGCACACAGACGAGAACUGGGUGUGCUUGCAUUGUUAUAUUACAGCAUGCGGGCGUCACGUGGGCGGCCACAUGCAGGAGCACUACCGCUCGGCGCAGCACGCGCUGGCGCUGUCCCUGCGUGACCUGUCCGUGUGGUGCAGCGCCUGCGACGCCUACGUCGACAACGCGCUACUAUACGACGCCAAGAACAACGCGCACCGCUGCAAGUUCCAAGAAGACAUGCCGUGGUGCUACCACACCGAUACCAUUCAUAUGCAAUAAGACGUAUCCCAACAAACGAGCCCACAAUGAAAGUAUCUUACAAAAAACGAUUUGCGACGCAUUGGUGAUGUCAGGACCGGCUUAAAAUUCUUGCAAUGCCAGCGUCCAAAGCUAUCACCAAGGUUAUCAUAAAGGAAGACCAUUACCUCGUCAACCUUCGUAGACUAAUAAAAAAAAUCAUGUACGUCUGGAUAGUAUCGACUACCCACCGGAUACGAGAGUAAUAUACAAUAACAUAAUGUUUAAAAUGUUACCACCUACUACAGAAGGUAUAUUUGCUCAGAGCAAGAAUAAUCAAAAGUGAUUUGAUUUUGUCCAUCAGUUACUUAUUAAAGGAAUGUAAAAUGUACAAACAGCAAAUGGUAUAACUUAGUCUAACAGUUAAAAGCACAUUUUUAAUAUAACAAUAUAAGCUGAUGAUACAUGAAAUUGCUCCAUCUUACCAAAAUAAUUAACCAAUUAACUAAAAGAUUGUAAUGUUAAUGUAAUCCUGAUAAUCUAAUUUUUUUACUGCACUUUAUAACAUACUUGUUCUUUUUUUAAAUAUUGUUACAACAGUAUUUUUUUUAACUUGAAUAACUUAGUUUAAUUUCCACUGUAUUUAUUUAAGUUUUAGUUGAAUUUUAAACGUAACUUUGUAAAAUGUACAUAUAUAGUAUAUUUUUGUUUUUACAGAAACAAAAAAAAUAUCCGUUUGAAAAAUAAUUUACUAUACUUGUUCAAUAUUGAUUUAUAAAAAAAUCUGUAUAUUGAACAUCUAUACUACAAAAUAUUUCAUAGGUAUUCAAUUAUUUAUGAAUAUAUAUUUUUUGUAUUCAUUGUACUAUAAAUAUGUACAAUGCUAUGCAUUAUUUUUAUGUCAUUAGUAUAAAAAUAUACAAAAUAUUUUACUGUAAAUUCUUGUCUGAAUCAAUUGUAAAUUGUUACUUGUUCGAAUUGAGAAUCAAAUGGGUCCAGUGGGACAAUGGUAUAUAAGUUAUAUACAAUUUUACAUCAACAUAAUACCAUUAUAUUGAAUCAACAUUCAAAAUUUGUAACAUAAAAUAGUUUUUUGCAGCAUUAUGAUAUAAUGAGUAAUGCCGAAUAAUGGAGGAUGGGUAGAAAUAUACGAAACAUAAAAAGUAAUUAAAUCAGUAUUAGUUAUAUAUAUAUAUA